CUUGAUAGAAGGGCUCAGCAGGGCCACGACCCAAACCAAACGAGGUAUCCUUCAGAUUAGUGAGUGAGGAGGCACUUCCUCCUUGUCUUUCGGUCCUCAUUCUUGGGUUCUCUCGGCCCUUUCGGGUUCGCUUAUCGGGAAACCUCAGAAGGAGACCCUCGUUCCGGGGCCAGGUUGGCAGUCCCUGAAUUAGAGGAUGGUUGGAAGGCGAGAGUGGAUCAUGGAAAUGAGGGCCUCGGAAGGGAGGUCGAGUCGCCUUCCGCCUCUUCGAAUCUCUGAUGUUUAUCGAGUGGUUUCGUAUUGAGCAUUUACACGCGUUACCUCGGUUGCUUGGAUGAGGCGGUGUCUAGAGGGAUAAGUGCUUGAACACAUCUAAAGAGUCAACCGAUUUCUUCCAACAUUUUAUUUAGUAAAACAUUUAAAAAUGUCGUCCAAACAAGAAAUAAUGAGUGACCAGCGGUUUAGGCGAGUUGCAAAGGAUCCAAGAUUUUGGGAAAUGCCAGAAAAAGAUCGAAAAGUCAAAAUCGACAAGAGAUUUCGAGCCAUGUUUCAUGACAAAAAGUUCAAGUUGAACUAUGCUGUGGAUAAAAGAGGGCGCCCCAUCAACCAUAGUACAACAGAGGACUUGAAACGCUUUUAUGAUCUCUCAGAUUCUGAUUCUGAUCUCUCCAAUGAAGAUAGCAAAACAUUGAAUCAAAAGAAAUUAAAGAAAAAAUCCCAGAGUAGAAAAGAAAUAGAUUCCAAAAAUAUGACCGAAGAAAAGAAGAAAGAAACCAAGAAAAUUAAUCAAAGGGAUUCUGGAAAUAAUGAUUUAGAUAAUUCUGAAAGAAUUCAGAAAAUGAAAAACUCACAUAAGUCUAAGAAGAUAGAUUCAAAAAUAAUUCCCAAGAAGGGUAGCGAAGAAUUGACACAGCAAAGUACAAAAGAGGGAAAAAAAGUUGUUCAGCGGACAGUAGACUCGAGCCCCUUUGAAUCUAUACAAUCUCCCAAAAUCAAAUGUUCAAAGACUGGAAGAGAAAUGCAGUCAGUGGUUCCACCCAUGAUAGCAAGAGGCAGUGAUUAUAAAAACUCAAUAGAUGGUAAAACGUAUGAUGAUGCUGUGGAGGAUGAUUCAGAAAGUGCUAGUGAAAUAGGAAGCGAUGAGGAAUCUGAAGAUGAAAUUACCAGUGUUGGUAGCACAUCAGCUGAUGAUGGAAGUGAAGAUGAUGAAGAUGAGGAGAAAGGUGAUGAAGAUAGUGAGGAUAUUGAGGAGGAAGAUGAAAGUGACAGUGGUCCUGAUCUUGCAAGGGGUAAAGGAAAUGUGGAAACCAGUUCUGAAGAUGAAGAUGAUAUGACAGAUUUAUUGCCAGAAGAAUCUGGUUUUGAACAUGCUUGGAGAGAAUUAGAUAAAGAUGCUCCUCGGGCUGAUGAGAUUACUCAUCGAUUGGCAGUUUGCAACAUGGACUGGGACAGGUUAAAGGCAAAGGAUUUGCUGGCUCUGUUCAAUUCAUUUAAACCUAAAGGAGGUGUUGUAUUUUCUGUAAAGAUAUAUCCUUCGGAGUUUGGAAAGGAGAGAAUGAAGGAAGAGCAAGUUCAAGGACCAGUAGAGUUAUUAAGUAUUCCUGAAGAUGCUCCUGAGAAGGACUGGACCUCUAGAGAAAAACUGAGAGAUUAUCAGUUCAAACGACUGAAGUACUAUUAUGCAGUAGUGGACUGUGAUUCUCCUGAAACAGCCAGCAAAAUUUAUGAGGAUUGUGAUGGCCUGGAAUUUGAAAGUAGUUGUUCUUUCGUAGACCUCAGAUUUAUACCAGAUGAUAUUACUUUUGAUGAUGAGCCCAAAGAUGUAGCCUCGGAAGUUGAUUUAACAGCUUAUAAACCCAACUAUUUCACAGCUGCUGCAAUGGGAACAUCAUCGGUGGAGAUCACUUGGGAUGAGACUGAUCAUGAAAGAAUUACAACGCUCAACAGGAAGUUUAAAAAGGAAGAGCUUUUGGACAUGGAUUUUCAAGCCUACUUAGCUUCUUCUAGUGAAGAUGAAGAGAUAGAAGAGCAGGAGCUACAAGAUGAUGAUGGAGUCAGUGUAGAAGAUGGGAAAACAAAGAAAAGUCAGAAAGAUGAUGAAGAUCAAAUUGCUAAAUAUAGGCAACUCUUGCAGGUUAUUCAAGAAAAAGAAAAAAAAGGCAAAGAAAAUGAUAUGGAAAUGGAAAUUAAGUGGGUUCCAGGUCUUAAAGAAAGUGCAGAAGAGAUGGUUAGAAACAAAUUGGAAGGAAAGGAUAAACUGACGCCUUGGGAACAAUUUUUAGAGAAGAAGAAGGAGAAGAAAAGACUGAAAAAGAAACAGAAGGCUCUUGGUGAAGAGGCCAGUGAAGAUGAACUUCCCUCUGAUGUUGACUUGAAUGAUCCAUACUUUGCUGAAGAAGUUAAAAAAAUCGGUAUAAAGAAAAAAUCAACAAAAUCUGUAAAAGAUGGAACAGCUCCAGAGGAAGAAACUGAAAUAGAAAGACAAAAGGCUGAAAUGGCUUUGCUUUUGAUGGAUGAGGAGGAGGACAGCAAGAAACACUUCAAUUACAACAAGAUUGUGGAGCACCAGAAUCUGAGCAAAAAGAAGAAAAAGCAGCUUAUGAAAAAGAAGGAGUUAUUAGAAGAUGACUUUGAGGUAAACGUUAAUGAUGCACGGUUUCAGGCAAUGUAUACUUCCCACUUGUUCAAUUUGGAUCCCUCAGAUCCUAAUUUCAAGAAGACAAAAGCUAUGGAAAAAAUUCUUGAGGAGAAAGCUCGGCAAAGAGAACAAAAAGAGCAAGAACUUACUCAGGCAAUAAAGAAAAAAGAAAGUGAGAUUCAAAAAGAAUCACAAAAGAAGUCCAUUGAUCCUGCUUUGUCAAUGCUGAUUAAAUCUAUAAAAAAUAAAACAGAACAGUUUCAAGCAAGAAAGAAACAAAAAGUCAAAUAACUGGAUAUUAUUUCUGUUUGGAUUCAGGAUGUGUUCUCCAGAAGUGUACAUAAGCAGUAAAAGAAAUGUUUAUUGGGAACAAAGCUUCCUUUCAGAAUAUGAAAUAAAUCUUACACUGACCAUCGUAACAUUUUUCUCCAUAAAUAUUUGUUGUACCUAAUUGUGGGUAACUGACAGAUUUGUACCAUAAAUUUCCAUGGAGUAAUUAUAAUUAAGUCUAAUUACCUGAAUUAUAGGAUUUAUAAAAAUUUUAUAUUUUAUGAGCUCAAUUUCUGUUAGUAGAAAGUUACUCUAAAUUAGCUUUUUAAAAAGACUUUAUAAUUCUAUGUAAAAAUAGAACGCUCUCUACUCUUAAAUAUGUUCAUUAAAGACAGUGAAAAUAUUUGUAUGCAAUACAUUAAUUUCUGUGAAAGCAAGAGAAAGAUUUCAUAGCUAUUGAAGUAAUUUAUUUCUUUGCCCAUAAAAGAUAGGUAAGAUCUUUCUUUGUUAUUUGGUCGUGUUUACUACAGUUUAUGAAAUUAAUUUGUAAAUAAAAUACAGAAUAUUUUUAUUA